AAAGGUGGAUCAAAGUUGUUUUGAAAUUUGUCCAUUGUCAAAUUAUUAAUAUAAUGUUAUUACUUACAUAUUCUAAGUAAUUUCUGAAUAAAAAUUGAGCAAUCCAUGAAUGCGUGUCAAUUUUGUUGACCUUUAAAAGAAUACUGUACUAAAUACAUCAAUAAACGACGCAACAGUAACAAAUCCACAAUGGGCGAACGCAAAGGUCAGAAUCUAUACUAUCCCCCCGACUAUGAUCCAAAAGUGGGGGGACUCAAUAAGUUCCAAGGCACCCAUGCUUUGAGAGAGCGUGCCAGAAAGCUCCACAUGGGUAUCCUCAUCAUUCGCUUUGAAAUGCCGUACAACAUCUGGUGUGACGGGUGCAAUAACCAUAUUGGCAUGGGAGUGAGAUACAAUGCAGAGAAGAAGAAGAUAGGAAUGUAUUACACCACUCCGGUAUACCAGUUUAGAAUGAAAUGUCAUCUGUGUGAUAAUCACUUUGAAAUCAAAACUGAUCCAGGGAACUUGGAUUAUGUGAUAGUGUCAGGAGCUCGGAGACAAGAAAACAGAUGGGAUCCCACAGAUAACGGUCAGAUUGUUCCGGAAACCAAAGAAGCACAGAAAAAGUUGUUUGACGAUGCCAUGUUCAGACUAGAACACAAGAAGGGUGAUGAGGAUCUAUCUAAAACUGAUAAACCAAGGCUCGGUAGAUUGGUAGGAAGGAAUGAGGGUGUGUGGAAGGACGAUUAUGAAGCUAACUGCGCUUUGAGGAGAAAUUUUAGGAAAAGAAGGAAAGAGCUUGAGGAAUCCUCAGUUAAUGAUAGUAUACUGCUCUCCAAGUCUUCUCUCGACAUAGAUCUUUUACCAGAAACCGAAGAAGACCGUAAUUUAGCCAACCUGCUCUCACUAAAACCUUCAAAAAGCAUAGAAGAGAAACAAAUCCAUGUUCGGAAGAGUAUUCUGAACAGUCCAGCAUUACCGAGCUCAAGUGGAUUGAUAACUAGUUUCGGAGGUCUUAAAAAAGAAGAACAAUUAAAGAAAAGCAAGAUGCUAAGUAGAAAUUUAUUGGGGAUUUCUGUUAAAAAGAAAUUUAACAAAACAGAAAAAGGUAACAAUGCGGACAAAGAUGAAGUAGAGAAAUCUAGUGUGAGUACUUUAGAAGUAUGUGCAGAGAGGAAUGUAAAGAAUACAGAAUGUGAUGAACACAAGAUAAAUGAUGAUUCAAUAGAACGGUCAGAACAGUUACGUGAAAUGAAUAUUCAAAAUCGUGAGAAAGAACAAAUACAAGAUAAAGAAAUAAAUAACAGAGAUUGUGAACAUCACACAAAUUUAGUAGUGACCAGUGAAAAGUUAAAUGAUGAAUAUUUGAAAGGAAAAGAUGGGAAUUUAAACAAAGUAUCUUUGGUGGUUGAUUACAGUUCCAGUGGAGAUGGAUCUGAGGAUGAUGGUUGAAUAAUAAAUAUAUUUUAC